AUUCCCAUGGAAAUUAUGCAAAAUCAAAGUUUUGUUACUGAGUUCAUCCUCCUGGGCCUUUCCCAGAAUCCACAUGUUCAGAAAGUAGUUUUUGUAGUCUUCUUGCUAGCCUACAUUGCGACUGUUGGUAGCAACAUGCUGAUUGUAGUAAGCAUCAUCAACAGCCCUGCCCUGCUGGGCUCCCCCAUGUACUUCUUCUUGGCAUUCCUGUCUUUCCUGGAUUCCUGCUUCUCCACUGCCAUGGCCCCAAAGAUGAUUGUGGACUCCCUCCGGGAAAGAAAAACCAUCUCCUUUGAAGGCUGCAUGACCCAGCUUUUUGCAGAACACUUUUUUGGUGGUGCUGAAGUGAUUGUCCUCACAGCUAUGGCCUAUGACCGCUAUGUGGCCAUUUGCAAGCCCUUGCACUACUCCUCCAUCAUGAACUGGAGGCUCUGUGGCAUUCUGAUGGGGGUGGCCUGGACAGGGGGCUUCCUGCACUCCAUCAUCCAGAUCCUCUUCACCUUCCAGCUGCCCUUCUGUGGCCCCAACAUCAUCGACCAUUUCCUAUGUGAUCUUUACCCGUUACUGAAGCUGGCCUGCACUGAUACUUACAUCUUUGGCCUUUUUGUUGUUGCCAACAGUGGACUCAUCUGCAUCAUCAUCUUCUCUUUGUUGCUUGUCUCAUAUACUAUUAUUUUGCUUUCUCUGAGAAACUAUAGCUCUGAAGGAAGGCGAAAAGCUUUAUCUACCUGUGGAUCCCAUAUUACUGUUGUGGUUUUGUUCUUUGUACCAUGUAUAUUUAUAUAUGCAAGACCUCCAUCUGCUUUCUCCUUCGACAAAAUGGUAUCUAUAUUUUACACUACUGUAACUCCCAUGCUAAAUCCUUUGAUCUACACUUUCAGGAAUAAGGAAGUAAAAAAUGCCAUGAGGAAAUUAUGGAAUCGCUCUGGCAUAGUUUCUAAUGAAAAAUAA